GUGGUCAUACCAGCCUCUCCAUCAGUUGGAGGGAGGCCGGGGAGUGGUUUGGGGUUUAUUCGGAGCUCUUGCUGGAGGGUUCCCCUCUCCCUGUUCGAUCUGUGUCCCGGUGGAAGCCGAAGAGACCAUGAAGGAGAGACGGCCCCCCCAGCCAGCUGUGGCCAGAUGUAAACUCGUCCUGGUAGGGGAUGUGCAGUGUGGGAAGACAGCGAUGUUACAGGUGCUAGCUAAGGACUGCUACCCAGAGACUUAUGUGCCUACUGUAUUUGAGAAUUAUACCGCCUGCCUGGAGACAGAGGAACAAAGGGUGGAGCUCAGUCUCUGGGACACCUCAGGUUCUCCCUACUAUGACAAUGUCCGUCCACUGUGCUACAGCGAUUCAGAUGCAGUAUUGCUAUGCUUUGACGUCAGCCGGCCUGAGACUCUGGACAGCGCACUCAAAAAGUGGAAGAUGGAGAUUCUAGAUUACUGUCCCAGCACCCGAGUGCUGCUCAUUGGCUGCAAGACGGACUUGAGGACAGACCUGAGCACACUGAUGGAGCUGUCCCACCAGAAGCAAGCGCCCAUCUCCCAUGAACAGGGAUGUGCCACAGCCAAGCAGCUCGGUGCCCAGAUUUACCUGGAAUGCUCAGCUUUCACUUCAGAAAAGAGCGUCCACAGCAUCUUCCGGACAGCGUCGAUGGUGUGUCUGAACAAGGGCAGCCCUCUGCCGCCCAAGAGCCCCUCGCGCAGCCUCUCCAAACGGCUCCUGCACCUCCCCAGUAGAUCUGAACUCAUCUCUUCUACCUUCAAGAAGGAAAAGGCCAAAAGCUGCUCCAUCAUGUGAAGGGGAGGUCUGGGGUGGGGGUGACCUCCAUUUCCUCCCACUUCCUCUCCUGGGGAGAGGAGGCAUGGGGAGAGGGAGGAUGAGACAUUUUAGGACACCAGACAUGAGUUUUUUCAGAUAGCCAUGGUGAGGGCUUAGAGAGUGAUGGGGAUGGCACGGGCCCAGGACGAGGAUCUGAUCCAGAGGGAGAAUCAUCACACCCCAGGCCAGGCAGUAGAGUCGUGGAGAGGGGCCGGCAUGCUCCUGGGCCUCCUGCCCAGGAGGAAGGACGUGCGAGGGGGUGGGGGGUGCAGGAGGUUCUCUGGCCUCAUGGGCCCAGGGUCAGGUGCCUCCAUCCUCAGCAUCUUCCAUGCAAUGUUUCCAUGCUGUCUGGGAGGCAGAUGGGGAAAGCCGGGCCCCCCUGGCCCCCGUUCCCCUCCCAGGAGCCAGCUGGGGAGCGGGGAUGCCUCGGUGAGUAGCGGAGGGAUCUGCCCCGGCAGCUUAGCUCGGGGACUUCCUCCCUUAAGUCAGAAGGGCUAAAGUUUAGACAGAGCCCCCGAGGAGGAACCUCAUCUCUUUGCACAGCCCAUGUCUCAUCUAGAGGUGACAUUCAACAUCCACACGCUUCUCACCCAAGUCCCUAGGGUCCGAGGGAGAAGCCCUGACCCCUUUCUCCUGCCAGAGCAUGAGGCGGGGGCUCGCUGCCAGGGGCAGGGGCAGGUGGGGGCACAAGUUUUCUCAGUCCUCUGCAGGGGCAGCACGGGUGGAAUUUGUUUUCUGGACUUUUGUCUUUGGAGGUGGUUGGUUUGGGGGGAGGGAAGGAGGAGUGUUUCAAUCUGUUACAUGUUCCAUGUUUAAAGAAAACUUAUUUAUUAUUGAAAAUAUAACAUAUGAAAUCAGA